AUGUUAUACAAGUUACUAUCAUUUGGAUUAUGGUUUCUAGUGGUAAGUGGGAUAUUGUUUUUAUUACUGUAUGUAGAUAUUGUUUCAUAUUACAUAAGUAGGAUAUUGUUUUUAUUACUGUAUGUAGAUAUUGUUUCAUAUUACAUAGGUAUUGUUUACAUUACUUCAAGAAGGAUAUUGUUUAAAAGUAGGAAAUUGACUUGUGUAAAUUACAUAAGUAGGAUAUUAUUUAUUAUAGUAAGAAGAAUACUAUUAAUAAGUAGGAUACUGUUUAUAUUACAUAAGAAGGAUAUUGUUAAAUUAUAUGACAUAGAUGGGGUUGUAAUUGAUAAAACCUCUAUUAACAUGCAAAUAACGGAUGUAUCAAGAAUAACGUCACUUAUAUUUCAUGUUAAAGCUUGUAGAGAUGCACACUUCCUUUUCUAUUCGGAUUUAUAUCAAUUAGUGAAAAUUGUCAUCUUAGGUAGUUCUGGUAAUUGUGAUAUAAGACCUGGUUUUUACAGUUAUGAGAAUUAUAAACGAUGUAUUGUUGAUUGUUAUCAAUUUAAACCAUUCUGGAUAAGUUGGCAGUCAAAUUAUAUGCGACUUGGUUAUGGAAAUAUCGUCGACCAGCAGAUCGUUGUGUCAGGGACGUCACCACUAACGUUUGAUAUAGCGUAUUUAUCAGUAAUGCGAUAUGAAAAUUUCUCUUGGGAAAUAGAGUACCCUGGAAAUAAUACUGGAAUACAAGAUUUCAAGUUUAUAAGACAUACCAACACACGAUCAAUGUCCAUCUUGAGUGUUCAAACCACAAGAUCUGUGUCAAUGUGUGGUAUCUCCUGUAAGCUCUCAACAGAUUGCUUUGGUUUCAACUAUAAUCCUAGUUUGAGCUACGAUAACUGUGAACUUCUAACCUCUUUUCAGCUUAUUGAUAAGAAUAACCCUGAAUUACAAUUACAGAUAAUUCAUCCUUAUGAUUGGAAUUUAUACAUUACCAAAUUCCCUUAG